UUGGGCACCGGUAUAAUCCGCUUCUAGCUCGCCUCGAGGCAUGGGCAUUUGGGAUCGUGACUUCUCCGGCUUGAAUCCUGCAUGGGGGGGGGACCUGAAAGGAAGAGCAUUCGUGUAGCCGCCAGAGGGUUCUCACACUCCAACCAAGUAUUUAAGGGUUAAUAGGGGGCACUUUCCUCGGUGCCACCCCCUUUUAGGGUCCUCACUGCCCUAGAAAAAGGAGUUGUUUGGUUUCUUCCCUAAGAGCCAUCUCUAGUGGAGAGGAGCUGCGGCAGGUCGUGGGGAGGAGAGGAAGUGCACGGUUGUCUGUAACGUGCUGCCGGGUCCCAGAAUGAAGGAGUGAGGUCUCCCAACUGCCUGUGCCGGAUCCCCGACUCGGGAGCCCGCUGCAGUCUGAGUUUACCGAGAGCACCCUGAGGCAAGCAGGGUAGCCGCCUGGUCCAGGAAUGUUCACCCUUGCAGAAGUUGCCUCUCUCAAUGACAUCCAGCCUACUUACCGUAUCCUGAAACCAUGGUGGGAUGUAUUUAUGGAUUAUCUGGCUGUUGUUAUGUUGAUGGUCGCCAUCUUUGCCGGAACCAUGCAGCUUACCAAAGAUCAGGUGGUCUGCCUUCCAGUGUUGCCAUCCUCAGUAAAUUCAAAAGCACACCUCGUGUCAGGAAAUGCUGAUGUGACCACUGAUGUCCCGAAGUUUGAAGUCUCCACAGAGCAAGACCAAGGCCGGGGAACAACCAGACCCACAUCCUUUGAUGAGGCAGUUGCAGUAACCCCUGGCUCACCUCUCAUCAGGGCUGGCUCUCCUCACACAGAUUCCCCUGUCCCAAAUCAGGAGGUGAGAAAGGAGAUCAGAGACCCUACAGGUCGGAAAACUAACUUGGAUUUCCAACAAUACGUAUUUAUUAACCAGAUGUGUUACCAUGUUGCUCUUCCAUGGUAUUCCAAGUAUUUUCCCUACCUUGCUCUAAUACAUACUAUUAUUCUCAUGGUCAGUAGCAACUUUUGGUUCAAAUAUCCCAAAACGUGCUCAAAAGUGGAACAUUUUGUUUCUAUAUUAGGAAAGUGCUUUGAAUCUCCUUGGACUACAAAAGCACUGUCUGAAACAGCGUGUGAAGAUUCAGAGGAGAACAAGCAGAGAAUUACUGGGGCCCAGUCUCUACCGAAACAUGUGUCCACCAGCAGCGAUGAAGGGAGCCCCAGUGCAAGUACCCCCAUGAUCAGCAAAACUGGCUUCAAGUUUUCAGCUGAGAAGCCUGUCAUCGAGGUCCCUAGCAUGACUAUUCUAGAUAAAAAAGACGGAGAACAGGCCAAAGCCCUGUUUGAGAAGGUGAGGAAGUUCCGCGCCCACGUGGAAGACAGCGACCUGAUUUAUAAACUGUACGUAGUCCAGACUGUUAUCAAGACAGCCAAGUUCAUUUUCAUUCUGUGUUACACUGCUAACUUUGUCAAUGCCAUCAGCUUUGAGCACACCUGCAAGCCCAAAGUGGAGCACCUGACUGGCUAUGAGGAGUUUGAGUGCACUCACAACAUGGCGUAUAUGUUGAAAAAGCUGCUCAUCAGUUACAUCUCCAUUAUUUGCGUCUAUGGUUUUAUCUGUCUCUACACCCUCUUCUGGUUGUUUCGGAUACCUUUGAAAGAGUAUUCCUUUGAAAAGGUGAGGGAAGAGAGCAGUUUCAGUGAUAUUCCGGACGUCAAGAAUGACUUUGCCUUUCUUCUACAUAUGGUCGACCAGUAUGACCAACUGUACUCCAAGCGUUUUGGUGUCUUCUUGUCCGAAGUCAGUGAAAAUAAGCUUAGGGAAAUUAGCUUAAAUCACGAGUGGACCUUUGAAAAACUCCGGCAGCACGUGUCUCGCAAUGCCCAAGACAAGCAAGAAUUGCACCUCUUUAUGCUCUCGGGGGUCCCCGACGCUGUGUUUGACCUCACAGACCUUGAUGUGCUCAAGCUGGAACUCAUCCCGGAAGCCAAGAUCCCAGCUAAGAUUUCCCAGAUGACGAACCUGCAAGAGCUUCACCUCUGCCACUGCCCCGCCAAGGUGGAACAGACGGCUUUUAGCUUCCUCCGAGACCACUUGAGAUGCCUUCAUGUCAAAUUCACCGAUGUGGCUGAGAUCCCGGCCUGGGUGUACUUGCUGAAGAACCUUCGGGAGUUGUACUUGGUGGGCAACUUAAACUCGGAGAACAAUAAGAUGAUAGGGCUGGAGUCUCUGCGGGAGCUGAGGCACCUUAAAAUCCUCCACGUGAAGAGCAAUUUGACCAAAGUUCCAUCCAAUAUCACCGACGUAGCCCCGCAUCUCACCAAGUUAGUCAUUCACAAUGACGGCACUAAGCUUGUGGUACUCAACAGCCUUAAGAAAAUGAUGAAUGUAGCCGAGCUGGAACUGCAGAACUGUGAGCUGGAGAGGAUCCCUCAUGCCAUUUUCAGCCUCUCCAAUUUGCAGGAGCUGGAUCUGAAGUCCAACAACAUACGCACAAUUGAGGAAAUCAUCAGUUUCCAGCAUUUGAAAAGACUGACUUGCUUGAAACUGUGGCAUAACAAAAUUGUGAACAUUCCCCCCUCCAUUACCCACGUCAAGAAUCUGGAGUCACUUUAUUUCUCCAACAACAAGCUUGAGUCCUUGCCCGGGGCAGUGUUCAGUUUACAGAAACUCCGAUGCUUAGACGUGAGCUACAACAACAUUUCAGUGAUCCCCAUAGAAAUAGGGUCACUCCAGAACCUGCAGCAUUUGCAUCUCACCGGGAACAAAGUGGACGUUCUGCCCAAACAGUUGUUUAAAUGCGUUAAAUUGAGGACUUUGAGUCUGGGGCAAAACUGUAUCACCUCAAUCCCAGAAAAAAUUGGUCAGUUAUCACAGCUCACUCAGUUGGAACUGAAGGGAAAUUGCUUAGACCGCCUGCCAGCCCAACUAAGUCAGUGUCGACUCCUCAAGAAGAGUGGGCUUGUGGUGGAAGAUCACCUCUUUGACACGUUGCCAACAGAGGUCAAGGAAGCAUUGAACCAAGACACAAAUACCCCUUUCGCAAACGGGAUCUGAGUGGAGAUCGCACAUACCCACACCCAUGGGUGGGAGAGACUUUCUAGGUUGCAAAUGCUUGUAUAUGAGUUAUUGCAAGAGGAUGCAUUAGGAGGAGAGACACCUCUAAAGGAGAGAGAGUGAGCAAGAGAGUGCGAGAAUGAGAAUGAGUAGAAGAAGCCUGAUAGGAGGCAUAACCGAGUGUUCCGUGUUCAUAGUGUUUCAAGACAACAUUUCCAAAUCUUUUUUUCUGCUUCUUCUUCUUUUUUUUUUUUUGGUGGGAAGGACAAAUUAUAAUCACUAAUCUCGAUUUCUUUUUAAAUUGUAACUUGGAUGCUGCCGCUGUUGAAUGUUUACAAAUUGCUUGCCUGCUAAAGUAAAUGAUUAAAUCCACAUUUUCUUACUAUACAACCCUCUCCCUAGGUGUCUGUAUUUAUUGGAGGCCUGACCAUUAGACCAAUACUUGGAUUAACUAAAGCCCCUAAAAGCCCAUGCAUGAGAGGUAGUUCUGCUACUAUGGCUUUCCUUUUAUGCUUCAGUUUAAAAGGAUCAAAUUCUAUUCCAUAUCAAAUGUACGCAUCUAAUACAUAUUUGACUCAGGGUAUUGCCAGAGCUUGGUUUUAUAGCUCUCAUUUUUCUGGAGACUAUAAUAUGUAGAAAAGAGACCAGGCUCUGGGGCUACCCCUGUGAUUUCAUUGGUACAGGAAAUUCUCAGGUGAGGAACCCCUCCACCACUUUCUCUGUAACUCAUACAGUUUAAAAGACUUGCCUAGUCAACCAGGAGGUUAAGUGACUUGCCUAGGGUCACAAGUCAGUAUAUGUCAAGGGCAGGACUUGAAUCCACUUCUUCCUUUGAAACCAGCUCUCUAAGCACUAUCACAUGCUGCUCUGAUUGGAUGUGACUUUUAAAAAAAUAAAAGUUUUUUUGAAAUACACAUCCUCUCUGUAGCAGCUACUUCUUUUAUUGUAUUUUUUCUAUUAACUAAAAUCUGCCCCCCUCCCUCUCUCUCUCCUACCUCCCCUCGCCCAAUUAAAAAAGAAAGAAAAGCAAAGCCUUGUAACAAACACAUAUAGUAAAUCAAAGCAAAUUCCUACAUUGGUCACAUCCAAGAUUAUGUUUGGCUUAUUCUGCCCUCUGUGGCCCCUCACUUCUCAGGAGGUGGGUAGCAUGUUUCAUCAUGAGUCCUGUGCAGUCAUGGUUGGUUAUUAGUGGGUACUUUUACAAAGCCGUUGACAGCCUUUAACAGCUUCUCCUCCCAUCAAUAUCUUAUGGGUUUACCAUUAAUUGGAAAGUGUGCAUCCUUCAGAAAUGAAAAUUAAUUUGUCCAUAACCUCACCAAAAUAAAGAAUUGUGCAGUUGAUCCCACACAGUACAUUUGGCUCAAAGUAAAUUAAAAUACUCUAUGAUAGCAACAAGUGAAAAAAUUAAAUAGGACUUUAAUUCAGUCUGCUUUUGAAAAUGUUAGCCUUUCCUAUACAGUUUAGUGACAAGCUGUAUUUCCUGUGUUUGACCAUGUCUGAGUAAGGUCACAUCUAGGGAAAUACCAGCCACAUUCACCUCUCAGGGCGUACUACGGUCACUCUCUUCAAAUGUCCGGUAAUGGCUUAUAAGAUCACUGCCAAAUAUUUUUAAGUCUCUCUAAACCCAGUGGGCCAUUAUUUAGCCAGGUGACUUCCAAGGUCCUCUCCAGUAAACAAAAUAUUCAUUUGAAAGAUAAUUCAAAACUGGUGGACGGCCAUCUUCAGUCCAUUGGAGUAUAAUCAUUUUCAUAUUUUGGCAGAUGUUUACUCAGCUAAAUACAUAUUACGACUCCAGCUUUCCCUUAGCACUUAGACUUUGCCCUUCAUUUCAUUUCAUUGUGUUUUGUUGUCGAAGAAUGUAAUACUCCUUUUCUCAUGUCCUGAUUUGUCAUAUGGCCCUGUUGGCCUUUCAACAUUUUUAUAUUUGUAAUAAGAUAAGGCUUUUUGCUGUUUCCUUUUUAGAUUGUCUAAUGUGCUUUUGGUUGAUUUUUUUUUUCACCUUCAGAAUUAAAGCCAGUUUGCUUUAUUAUUCCUGGAUGAUCAGUUGACUCUUUACCCAUAAGCUGUGUUCCAAAACAGCAUUUUAUAUUUGUUUUUCUCUGUAUAUGUCUUCUGCCCCAGAGAAUCCCAAGACCCAGCUUCUUUUAAAAACAGAAUUCAUCUAACAGUGAAGUAAAAGCAUGAAUAUUUGGCACUUAAAAUAAUUCCACAAUGCCAGAGCUUUGCUUUCACCAAGAAUUUUAGACUUCUCUCUCUCACCACUGCCUUUUCCUUUUAUCCCCACCCACGGACCCAUAUCCCAUUACCUGCCCGUCCUUUGGCAGAGAGGCAGGCAGUUCAGUGUCCAAAGGUUGACAGCAAAACUAAGGUCCUAGUCAGUCUCUGAGUAAUAGCAUUGAUUCAAAUACAGAGUUUUACCCUUGACUAAAGCAGUACUAAUGUCUCCUUUGGCCUCAGUGAGUAAAAAAGAACAACCAUUAUCCUUUAGGAUAUGAGUGAGCACCACAAAGAAUAUUUUGCUCUAGAUGCUAAAGGAUUAUUUGGAUGAAGAUCUGUCUUUAAGCUAGCCAGAUUUUAAGGGUUAAUGAAGGAUCGGACAAUGUCUUCAUAACUUCUUGCCACCAUGUGCAAAACUGCAGAAAGAAAGGAAUAAAACUAAAUUCAUAUCUUUGCCUGUGCCUGGUAAGAACUGUGGCCAUCCAUCAUAACAAUGGGGUCUAUCCAGAGAUGGGUCCCAAAAGAAUGAACCUUUGCCCGAUUCAUUAGCUUCCACCUUCAGGUCGUGACCUACAUUAGCUUCCUUAGGUUUUACCAAAAGAAAGGGUUGAAAAGACUUCAUGAGAAAAGAUGUGUGUUCCAAUGUCCAAGUCAGACAUUCUCCACCCAGCCAGCCAGCCCUUAAGGGAACCAGGAGCCUUUGAGGGUAGGGAGAGGUCAAGCUGUUUCAGGACCAGCCCCUUACCGAGAUUUAACACCUGCAACAUGCAUCUGCUGAUCACAGGAGUUUAUCACUUCUAUCUUUGCUUGUUGGCUUAGGAGAACAAGAUGCUGAGGGGACACUAAGAGUAUCUGAGUUGCACCAACCAUGCCGCUGAAAAGUUAAGGGCUAAUUUUGUAUUGUGAUCGCUGUUGUUACAUGUGAAUCUCAUCAUUUUGUUGUUGUUUUUUAAAAGGACUCUGUUUUCAUGUCCUUUGAGGCCUGUGGAUUGCAAAACCUCAUUAUUCUGGUUUAGAGGAGCACUGAGCAAAGGCUGAAUGCUCCAUGAGGACAAAGAUUGUGUCUUACUUCUCUUUCUGUCUUUAGUACCUAGCACCAUCUCUGUACUUGAUAAAUACAAGCUUCCCAGAACCAGCAUUCCAGCAAGCAACAUCUUAGCACAACAACAUCAGUAAUAAAUUAUAACCAAACCAACAUGGUACAACGGAGCACUGACUCAGUAGCCCGGCGACCUCCCCUCCUUUAGGUUGACUUCCUGUGCACCUUUAGGCAAGUCACUGAAACUGGGCCUCAGUUUCCCCAAAUAUAGAAUAAGGACUUUGGACUUGGUGGCCUCGGAAGUUCCUUUGUGCCUCCAGAUCUUUGAGCCCACCAUGAUGUUGCAAAACCUUGCUAUAAACAUGUUCCUAUCUCUCAUUCAUGACAUUGUUCUUAUGGAACUGGCAACUUUCUGUAAUUUUUUGCCUAAGGUGUUCUUGUGAAACUAGUGAACAAAGUUGGGUGGCAUUAAGUUUGCUUACAUUUAUUAGCUGUCUGGAGGUCAGUAGCUUUUACAUAGCCCAAGGAUUCUUAACCUAGGGUCUUUGCAAUUUAUUGUUUUUUUUGACAACUCUGUUUCAAUAUAAUUGUCUUCCUUUGUAAUGCUGUGUAUUCUGUUUUACACAUUCACUUAAAAUGUUAUUCUGAGAAAGGGUCCAUAGACUUCUCCUGAUGGCUUUAGCCCAGUAGUGGAUCCUCAUACCUGUGGCAUGGAGAAGCUCUAGGUGACCAACUAGUUUGCUUGGUGGAUAAAAUGUGGAACUUCCUGCUUCCCAGCCUUCCCUUGGAGGGAUUAUUCUGAUUUCAUCUGAUAUAGUGACAGAUGACAAAGUUUUUGGUAAUAGGUACUGUCACCCAAGCCUCAUUCCACUCUUCUCUCCGUGCUCCAUAUGUACUCUAUACCAGUAUCUAUUGAUAGAUAACUCGAGAGAUGGACGGGGAGCUAUAGCUGUGGAGCUUCUAUAGCCUUCCGCCAUCCAUUUCCCUUGAUCCCUUGGACCAUAUGCUAUGCUGACAUCUCACGUGCCUUAACCUGCCCUCCUACAUUGUUAGCAGUGUUUGAUAUAUUGGGGAUGUUUUUUCAAGUUGGUUAAAAUACCAAAGCGUCCCUUAACCAUUCACCAUGUCCGUGAAUGUUGAGUCAUUCUAACUGGAGCUCACAAUAAUCGCUGUUUGGGAUUAGAAGUCUCUAUAGCAGCAGAACUCCCAAAAUUAAUGGGAGGAAAUAGGGUGGGUGUGGAGAAUAACAUUAAUACCUGUUCUUCGAUGUUAGAAUCACCCUUCAGCAGUGUCUAUUUUUUAAUCAACACUUUGGGCUUAAAACGAAUGGGCAUUAGCUGUCUCCAUGCAAUAGAAACUAGCAGUAUACCUGGACUGCAGAAUUUCUAUUAGCUUAAUGGAAUAAACUAUUAAAAUGA